AUGCCACACGUGCUAGAGUCGCGCCGCAUCGUAGUUAUCGCUCUAGUCAUGUUGCUUCUUUGGCGUUUGAGUGUUGUCGACGCCAAUGUCUGCUUGGCAAAGGUUGAGAUGAUGGCCAGUAUAUUAGAAGACGUGAUGUCGUUAAUUCGAGAUGCCCCUGUGGGCCAAAUCAUCCGCUUCAUCACACGGAACAAGUUCCUCCAAUACCCGGAAGAGAAGACUGGCUUCCAACUCCCGCAACAAUGGCUUGACGUCCUCAAUUCUGAGAAGUCCAGCCCGGCAGAUGCAACCCCAGCCGACGCCGGCGCAUCACCCCGAUCCUCCGAAUCGACCCACGCCGCCGAUGAAGAAAAUAAGCUUUCACAGAAAGAAGUCGAAGACGGCGCGCCGUACGGCACCUCGCUCCAGCGGACUCGGAGCCGGGAGGAGACGAUCCCAUACACUGCGGACCGGCUCGAGGUCGACGAGAUCCACGAGAUCCAAAAGACCAAGAGCAUCCCCAUCGCACCGAGAAAGACCAAAGAUGGUGCCAUCCUGGUGGACUGGUACUUUAGCGACGAUGCUGAGAACCCGCAAAACUGGUCUAAUGCGAAGCGCGGACUCAUCGCUGCCAUUAUCUGUAUCUACACCUUUGUCGUCUACAUGUCUUCAGCGAUUUACACGCCCUCCAUAGAGGGCGUCAUUCACGAGUUCGGCGUCGACAUGACUGAGGUUUCCUUGGGUCUGGCGCUCUUUGUCUUGGGCUAUGGUAUCGGUCCUCUGCUCUUCUCGCCGCUCUCUGAGAUCCCCCGCAUUGGCCGUAACCCGAUUUACAUCGUCACCAUGUUCCUCUUCGUGAUCGUGUCGAUUCCCGCCCCUUUGGCUAGCAACUUCCCCGGGUUGAUGGUUCUCCGAUUCCUGCAAGGUCUCUUCGGCUCGCCGUGUCUGGCAUCAGGCGCUGCGUCUCUGGGAGACAUGUACAGCCUUCUCAACCUUCCCUAUGCCCUCAUUGCUUGGGUGUCUGCAGCAUACUGCGGUCCAGCUCUUGGGCCCCUCUUGUCAGGCUUUUCCGUCCCCGCCAUGGGCUGGCGCUGGUCUCUCUGGGAAAUUCUUUGGGCCGCCGCCCCCGUUUUCCUCGUCAUGUUCUUCUUCCUCCCCGAGACCUCGACGCCCAACAUCCUCCUCCGCCGCGCUCAGCGUCUCCGCAAGCUGACGGGCAACGAUCGCUUCAUGUCUCAGUCCGAAAUCGACCAGCGCAACCUGAAGACCUCGGCCGUCGUCAUUGACGCCCUCAUCAAGCCCCUCGAGAUCACAAUCAAGGACCCGGCCAUCCUCUUCGUCCAGGUCUACACCGCCAUCAUCUACGGCAUCUACUAUUCCUUCUUCGAGGUGUUCCCCCUCGUGUACCCAGUCUACUACGGCAUGUCCAUUGGCGAAAUCGGCCUCGUCUUCCUCUGCAUCCUCGUCGCCUGCCUGCUCGGCAUCGCCGUCUACGUCUCCUACCUUGCCUUUUACAUGGUGCCCUGCAUCAAAAAGUUCGGCUUCCCCAUCCAGGAGAACCGUCUCGUACCCGCUCUCCCCGCCUCCUUCGGCCCCACCAUCGGCCUCUUCAUCUUCGCAUGGACCGCAUCCCCGGCCAUCCACUGGAUCGCACCCACCAUUGGCAUCACUAUCUACGGCGCCACCGUCUUCGUCGUGAUGCAGUGCAUCUUUGUGUACGUCCCACUGUCCUACCCCCAGUACGCCGCCAGUCUCUUUGCCGGUAACGACUUCUUCCGCUCCGCCUUCGCCUUUGCUAGCAUCUUGUUCGCCCGCCCCAUGUACCAGAACUUGGGUGUCGCCCGCGGAACGAGUUUGUUGGGUGGACUUAGCACAAUUGGUAUCCUUGGAAUCUGGCUGCUUUACUUCUACGGCGGUAGACUUAGAGCGCUGAGCAAGUUUGCGGUCUCGUCUGACUAA